AUGGCGACGAACUUGACAGCCGACGAGGAGGCCGGCUGGUUUGUAGCUCAACAAGAGCAACCGUGGUGGCAAUGGUUGUUACGACGAUUCAUUGCAUCUGGGCCGAUUCCUCGACACGUGGCAUUUGUAAUGGACGGGAAUAGACGAUUCGCGAAAUCAAAGCAUCUGGGAAAUGUUAUAAAAGGACAUGAGAAGGGAUUUGUGCAGCUGGCUAAAAUUCUCGAUUGGUGUAACCGAUUCGGUAUUCGUGAGAUUACAGUAUAUGCAUUCAGUAUUGAAAACUUCAAACGAAGUGAAGAUGAGGUUAGUGGACUCAUGCGUCUGGCAGAAGAAAAAUUCCAAAAGUUAUUAAAUGAUUCCGAGAAACUGGAUGAAAAACGGAUUUGUUUCCGUUUCUACGGUAACCGAUCGCUACUUUCCUCUCGACUUCAGAAGUUGAUGAGUGAUAUCGAAAAAAGAACGGAGAAGUUUGAUGGAGGAAGACUGAAUGUGUGUAUGCCAUACACAUCACGGGAUGAAAUAACAAGAAGUUUUGAAACUAUUCGGAAUCAUGUGAAAGAGGGAAAAGUUGAUGUGGAUGAUAUAAAUGAAUCAAUGAUUGAUGCAUGUUUGGAUAGCGGAUGUGGUGGAACUGUUCCAGAUUUGUUCAUUCGAACUUCUGGUGAACACAGAUUAUCUGAUUUCUUAAUGUGGCAAGCAGCAGACACUCAUGUCUAUUUUGACGAUGUGCUUUGGCCAGAGUUUGGAUAUUACAACUUGUGUAAAGCAAUACUCAAUUAUCAAUACUACCGAACUACUGUCGCAAAGAUUUCUUCUCUGAAUGUAUCUGAAUAUGACGCCCCUUCCACCACGUGGAAGAUGAAAUUUAGUGGAGAUGAUCGAGAUUUGAUAGCUAUCAAAGCCUAG